AUGGAGCGGCGGUCGGUCGCCACUCCGCAUGUCGAUCCCCUUCUUCCUUCACUGAUGCCACUUUCGGCAACUUCACCUGAAGCUUCGGAACACAGAGAGUCCAGGUGUCGUUCACUUGAACGAGAAAUCCUCGAUGACCUGCCCAUGAAGAUCCACAUUGGGCAUACGGACUUCGAGACACGCAGAAACGUCGUGCGGUUCGCUCGGCUGCUUUCCUUGGAGAUGCGCGCACGCCCACAGGCUGUGUCAGCACUCUCCAAUAAAGAUUUGGAGCCGAUCAAGCAAUGGAUGCUUGAGAUAGAGAGCUACGAGGAACGCUCAUGUCUCAGUACGUGUAGCACUGAGCCCACUUUGAUGCAUGACACCGAUGAAACGCGCCCUCAGGAAUCAGCCGGGGAAGAUAUGGCCUGCGGGAGCGGUACGGCUGCUUGUCCGACGACAGAUGGAGGAGGUCUCUCUAAAGAAGACGUGUAUUGGACAGUCAGACUGGCGAGGCCGGUCGUUGAGUGCUUGUACGUCAAGAAGGUGUCCCGGCUUGUGCAGGAACUUCAGAAGAUUUCCUCCGACGCUGCCGCACGAGUUCAAGAAUUCUGCAACUCGUGUGCGACCGCCGACAGCACACAUGGAACAGACAGCGUGAAUCAGUUUGAAUUGCGGGAAACGGUGCCUCGGCAAUUCAAGCGACGCCGGAUACUCUCUACAGAGGGCGAAGUGCAGUUCGGAUCUAUCAGGUGGACGAGUAGCGGAAGAUACGAGUUUUUCGAGUUUGUGGAUGACCUGGGCUCCCUUCUCAAACACCAGCCGUGUUACGACAUGGGCGUACAUCCUAAUCUAAAGAUCAAGUUUAGCACCAAGGGAUACAAGCUAGCUCAUUUAUGGAGGCGGUUCAUUCUGAAGGGCGGGAACGGUAGAACUGAGUUUCCAGACGACACUGACAUUCUGUAUCAUACGGACCCGGAUGCCAGCUGUGUCUGUGAAGGUCGGGGCUGGGUGGAAGGCAACUGGACAUGUACAUGCGUGCGUGACCUUAUAGGUCGAAUUCGGAUUAUGGAACCGGUAGGCGCCGUCUUCGCUUCCGCAGUCUUUGCGCUUUUAUGCAGAUAUCAUUCGAUAUGCGGAAGCCAGAAUCAAGGAAAAGGGUUGCACUACGCCAUACCUCCCAGAGUGCUCGACGUCCUUCACGAUGACAUGCAAGUCAACUGUGAGCUCUUCGCUUCCCCUUUCAACGUGCACCUCGCCGACUAUUGCUCGAUCUUUCCGGACGUUGACGUGAUGUUUGGCAGCGGGGGUUCUUUCUUUGAUUCUUCGUUUGAACCUGUAGAGGGCUCGUUUGAGGCGAAUCCGCCCUUCGACGAGGUCAUUAUGGCUCGCAUGGUGACGCGGAUACUCUGUUGGCUCAAAGGAAGCGAAGGGGUGGAGGGAGAGUCGCGGCCUCUGUCUUUCUGCUUAGCUUUGCCGGACUGGUCAAACGGCCCGUCCGAUUUCAUGGAUAUGAUAACCAAGACUGAGUUUCUCAGGUAUUCAGAAGUCCUCCCUGGAGGCAAGCACGUUUUUGUCAGCGGAUUCCAACAUUUCUGUCAUGCAUCUGACCUUGAGGUCCCAGCAGUAUGCGGCACGUUUUUCGCUGUACUGCAAAAUGAAGCUGCAUCAAAGGUGUGGCCUGUCACUGACGCCUUCAAGCAGCGUCUGAAGGCGGCCUGGAGUACACCGGAGCCAUCGGAGAGUUCUUGUGAACUUCUUUAA